AGCGUGCCAUUUUUCUUACAGAUCAACAACUCGGCUUACGAAUAAACAAAUAUGCGUUUGUCGGCUAACGAGGUGGAAGGAAUGGAACGAUCAAUCUGAGCACAGCGAAAGCGCACGUUUCGUUACAAUCCCAUUAAUUUCCGGCUCCCCUUUUGUAGCAAAAGCUCAUCUUUCAAGUCUGGCAGAUUAAUUUACCUGAUCAAUUAUUGGCAUGGAUCACAGAUUUUAAUGACCGAACCGUGUAGCGGGCCACCGUGAAUAAAUACUGGAGAAGUCUUGCAGAAGAAAUUGGUAAAUUUACUCAAGCGAUUGCUAAUAUAAGUUUACUCAAGCGAUUGCUAAUAUAAAGAUAUGCUGAUUAAGAGCAAAAAUGCCGAUACUUAUCUAAUCCAAAGCCAGAGACAGCCAGCAAGACAAAGGACAUACGGCGUCAUACCAAGUCACCAGAAGCCACGUCAUACGCUAAGGACACUGUGGAUAUUUGACGCUUACGUGGUGCGUGCUCGUGCCAUAUAGUGCUCAUACUGUUGAGUAGUCAAGUACACAGGGGAGUAGAAUAAAGGAGAGCAGAGGCCGCGGCGGAGUGGGGUUGUGAACGUAGGGUGAGAAGAAAAACAGCAUUGCAGCAAUGGUGGAGGGCGGGGCGAAGGCGAAAAUGUACCCGUACACAAGGCUGAACAGCUCGCCGUCUCCCUCUCCUCCGUCGUCGCCCCGCUCGCCGCGUCGGUAUGGCCACCAGUCGCGGCGUCCUGGGCGGAGCAGGAGCGGCGGGCGGGCGCAGCCGUUUCCGCCCGGGACGUCGUUGAUGCAGAGGCUGCUAUAUUUUGUGCUGUCGAUAAUGUUGAGGCGGCAGGGGGUUUUGCUGUUCGCGCCGCUGAUAUACAUGUCUGUGAUGCUGCUCUACAUGGGGACGGUGCCCUUCCAGGUGCCCGGCGUCGUCCAUCGCACGCUGCCGGGAUCGGUCUACCGCAGCCCUCAGCUCUUCCACAAACUCUGGCCUGCUAUGCAAUCCAACAACUCUACUGCCAAUGCGCUAUUGUCAGCAUGGGAAUACCCAAGGGAAGGUGAAGGAUGGAGACCUUGUCUUGAUCGGACAUCACUGGAUACAGGACUCCCGAAUUCAAAUGGUUAUUUAGUGAUUGAAGCAAAUGGUGGCCUGAAUCAGCAGCGUAAUUCAAUUUGCAAUGCAGUAGCUGUGGCUGGUGUUUUAAAUGCAACCCUUGUCAUUCCUAGCUUUCAUUUAAACAGUGUGUGGAAAGAUCAUAGCAAGUUUAGAGAUAUAUUUGAUGAGGAGCAUUUCAUCAAUACACUUAGAAAUGAUGUGAGGGUGGUGAGGAAGCUUCCGGAAGCUGUAAUGGAGAGGUUCAACUACAAUAUGAGCAGUAUCCUUAACCUCAGGGUUAAAGCUUGGUCUCCUGUUGGUUACUAUUUGGAAAAAGUUCUUCCAAAAUUGAUCGAGAAUGGAGUCAUACGUAUUGCUCCAUUUGCAAAUCGAUUGUCUCCUGAUGUUCCGCUGAAGGUUCAACGUCUAAGAUGUCUAGCUGAUUACGAAGCAUUAAGGUUUUCUGAGCCCAUUUCUGCUUUUGCCAAUAAAUUAGUGGACCGUAUGGUUGAGCACAGCUCCAACAGUAGUGGAAAGUACAUUUCUGUGCACCUUCGGUUUGAAGAGGAUAUGGUAGCAUUCUCUUGCUGUGUCUAUGAUGGAGGGAAGGAAGAAAAGCAAGAAAUGGAUGAUGCACGUGAAAGAGGUUGGAGAGGCAAAUUUAACAGAACUGGGCGUGUUAUUAGGCCUGGUGCAAUCAGGAUGGAUGGAAAAUGCCCUCUUACUCCAUUAGAGGUUGGUUUGAUGCUAAGAGGCAUGGGUUUUGACAAUAAUACAUCAAUCUACUUAGCAUCUGGGAAAAUAUAUAAGGCGGAAAAAUACAUGGUGCCACUUUUACAGAUGUUUCCACUAUUACAGACCAAAGAGACACUUGCUUCUGCAGAAGAACUUGCCCCCUUUAAGGAUUAUUCAUCAAGGAUGGCUGCAUUAGACUACACUGUUUGCCUGCACAGCGAAGUAUUUGUUACCACUCAAGGAGGCAACUUUCCUCAUUUUCUGAUGGGUCACAGGAGAUAUCUUUAUAAAGGACACUCUAAGACAAUCAAGCCAGAUAAACGUAAAUUGGCUAUUCUGCUCGAUAAUCCAGAUAUCAGAUGGGAGAAUUUCAGACGACAUUUGCAAGCCAUGCGACGGCAUAGUGAUGUUAAAGGAGUUGAAAUUCGGAAGGCUAAUGCAUCAAUAUAUACCUUUCCUACACCAGAUUGUAUGUGCCGUGAGAAAACCUAGGUGAUGAAUGUGUCACACAUGGUACAUAAUGGAGAAUAUUUCUUUAGGCACCUUUGUAUCUUCCGUAAUCUCACAGGUGCAGCCCAGAGGGAUUCUUUGUUUUUACACAAAUGCAUUUGUUUGGAUCUUCACAUAUUCUUUUAUUGGAUAUAUUGAUUUGAAGAGGGGAAGUGGUCGUGGACCAAGGUUAUAUACAUCAGCACUAGAUUGUGGAGCACAUUGGCUCUAAUUUUGAAUGUAGGUUUCGCAGUGAUACAUGAUAGGAUGAUACUGCCAGAGAAGCGUCACAUGUUAUUACUUAUCAAGAUGAAGACAAAACUGGUGAUAUUUGUGCUUUCCGAGUCCUCCAGGGAAAGAGAGCCUCCAUUUGGUGCUCGAUUACACGAUUGGCUUGUCCCCUUAUUGUACAUGCAGCAGAAUGAGAGCGUGCAGUGCUUUGUCCUUGUAAAGGAAGCAAAUUUUUCCAAUAAUGCCCAUACAUAUGGGAGAUUGUAAUAUUGUGCUCGGCAAAUUUUGGUGACUGCUUGACUAAGAUUCUUGUGCCAAGUAGUUUAAAUGGCACUACUUUUCUGUAUAUUUAUUUUCCAUUUUUGGUUAGUCUGUUGGCCUCUUCAUGAACAUUUCAUUUACUGUUUUUUAGGUUGCAUCCCUACUGAUGCGUAGUUUUGGAAAAGUUCAGAAUAUUGGCUUCUAAAUGCAUUCGAAUCAACCUCAUGUUCCCAUGCGGCUGCUUAA